CUCCCCCCACCUCCUCCGCCUCCGACGAUGGCAGACACCUCCUCCUCGUCGUCGUCGAGGGGCGCCGCCGGAUUCGCCACGCAGGCCAAUGCCCUCCUCCGCAAGAACCUCUGCUUCCAGAGGAGGAACAUGAAGACGAACGCGUGCAUCACGGUGUUCCCGGUGUUCCUGUGCGUGAUCCUCGUGGUGCUCCAGGGGGUGAUCAACCACGAGAUCAACAAGCCCAAGUACCAGUGCGGCUGCGCCUGCGUGGACGCCGCGCCGGACGGGACCUGCCGGAGGACGGAGUGCGGCGUCGAGCACUCCACGCUGGACCAGGUGGGGAGCUGCCCGAUCAAGAGCCCGACGCCAUGGCCGGCCUUGGUCCAGGUCCCCCGCCCCGAGUCCCGGGCCGUCAGGAUCGCCUCCCAGCCGUUCGACGGUUUGCCUGACCCGACCUGCAGGGACACAGGGUCUUGCCCUGCCUCUGUCCUUGUCACCGGAAUGAACCGCUCGCUUGCUCAAAGUCUUUGGGGUGGAUUGUUCCCUGCUGUGCCUCCCUCUCUGAAUUUCACGGAUUAUCUUGACGCGUUCUCCAAGAUUGUUGCUGGGUCAGACACAUGGACAUGGACAACGCAGUUCAUAGAGCCGGUAUUUACCCCAGGGCAUUCUUUAUAUGUGGUCCAGCCUCAGUGUUCGUCCAAUUUAUCACGAACAAUUUCUAACAAAGCUGGACCUGUACCCAUUCAACUCAAUAUAGACUGCGUUCAAGGCUUAUCAUUAUGGCGUGAAAGUGCAUCACAAAUUAAUAAUGAACUAUUUAGAGGUUAUAGACAGCAAGGUGGAGGAGGUGGAGGAGGAAAGACAAAUGAAUUUAUUGCAGGCUAUGAUUUUCUGAACACAAACAACAAUGGUCUUGAAAUAAACAUUUGGUACAACUCUACAUAUAACAACAACACUGCAUAUGACGUCAUCUCAUUGCUACGAGUUCCACGCUUGGUUAACACGGCAUCCAAUGCAUACAUGAAAUUUCUUAAAGGAAGUGGAGUGGAGAUGCUGCUUGAAUACGUUAAAGAUAUGCCAAAAGUAGGAACCAAACCAAAAUUUGAUCUCUCUUCUCUUCUUGGUGCUCUGUUCUUCACCUGGAUCAUUGAACUACUUUUUCCAGUUAUCUUAACAUAUCUCGUGUACGAGAAGCAACAGAAGCUGAAAAUUAUGAUGAAGAUGCACGGCUUGAAGGAUGAGCCUUACUGGAUGAUAUCAUAUUCUUACUUCUUUGCUCUAUCAGCUGUCUAUAUGAUAGUGUUUGUGGUAUUUGGAUCCUUGAUAGGUUUAAAUUUCUUUAAAACAAAUAACUACGGCAUUCAGUUUGUUUUCUACUUCAUCUACAUAAAUCUUCAGAUCGCACUUGCAUUUUUCGUUGCGGCCUUCUUUUCUUCUGUAAAAACAGCCACAGUGGUUGGUUAUAUAUAUGUAUUUGGUUCUGGCUUACUAGGGGCAUUUCUUCUGAGGUUUUUUGUGGAGUCUACUAGUUUUCCGAAGGGUUGGAUAGUAGUCAUGGAAAUCAUCCCUGGAUUUUCGCUGUACCGAGGGUUAUAUGAGCUUGGUCAAUAUGCAUUCUCUGGAAAUGCAAUGGGAACAAAUGGUAUGGAGUGGACUAAUCUGAGGGACUCUGAGAAUGGAAUGCGCAAUGUCUUGAUUAUCAUGGUUGUCGAAUGGGCUAUUCUACUCCCAUUAGCAUUUUAUUUGGAUAAAAUCUCAUCAUUGGGUAGUGGAGCCCGUAAAACACCCAUGUUCUUCUUGAAACGUUUCAAAAAUCGUGCUGUAUCACUGCGGAGGAGCUUUGGGAGACAAGGGUCUAAAGUAGUUGUUGAAAUGGACAACCCUGAUGUUUCCCAAGAAAGAGAGGUAGUCGAGCAACUUCUGCUGGAACCAAAUGCAAGCCAAGCAAUCAUAUGCGACAACCUGAAGAAGGUUUACCAUGGAAAGGAUGGAAACCCGGACAAACUUGCAGUUCGAGGGUUGUCUCUUGCCCUCCCUAAAGGCCAAUGUUUUGGUAUGCUUGGCCCGAAUGGAGCUGGGAAAACAUCAUUUAUCAGCAUGAUGAUUGGGCUCAUUCCACCCACAUCUGGCACAGCAUUAGUCCAUGGGAUGGACAUAAACACUGAUAUGGAUAGCAUCUACACAAAUAUGGGUGUAUGCCCACAACACGACCUACUUUGGGAAACAUUGACUGGAAAAGAGCAUCUAUUGUUUUAUGGGAGAUUAAAGAAUCUUAAAGGCGCUGAAUUAGAGAAGGCAGUUGAUGACUCCCUGAAGAAUGUUAACCUGUUUCACGGUGGUGUUGGAAAUAAGCAAGUGGGGAAGUACAGUGGUGGCAUGAAACGAAGGCUUAGUGUCGCAAUCUCAUUGAUUGGGGACCCCAAGGUUGUUUUCAUGGAUGAGCCUAGCACUGGACUAGAUCCAGCAUCAAGAAAUAACUUGUGGAAUGUUGUGAAGGAGGCAAAGAAAAAUCGUGCUAUCAUUCUUACAACACAUUCAAUGGAAGAGGCAGAGGUGCUAUGUGAUAGACUCGGUAUUUUUGUAGAUGGUGGUUUUCAAUGCCUUGGGAAUCCAAAGGAGCUGAAAGCUAGAUAUGGUGGCACAUAUGUGUUCACUAUGACAACAUCUUCAGAACAUGAACAGGAGGUCAAACAGCUGGUUCAGCAUUUGUCACCAAGUGCAAACAGGAUAUAUCACAUAUCAGGGACGCAGAAAUUUGAGCUGCCAAAACAGGAGGUGAAGAUAGCAGACGUUUUCCAUGCAGUUGAGAAGGCAAAAAGACAGUUCAGCAUACACGCUUGGGGCCUCGUCGACACCACCUUGGAGGAUGUCUUCAUCAAGGUUGCCAAAGGAGCACAAGGAGUCAAUGUGAUCGCGUAAAUAAUAUUAUGGAUCGAUAGGUGGUUAUUUUUUUUCCUUCAUAGGAUCAUGUGUUGUAUAUAGUUUGUUUGAACUAUAUGCUAACCUUUACUUGGCAUUGUGAUUGAGUUGUUCAUGUAGUAUGGUAAAGUUGUAUAUUUAGCAACCAUGGAAUUCAUAUUGUAAUGUAUAACACCAAUUAGGCCUUUUUGGGUU